GGAAGAAAUUGUACCGCAAAUCAGCGGUUCAUUCUAUGGAGACAUCAGUAUCCAGAGCAUUUUUAUUUUCUAUAGAAUCGCCAUUUUUGCGUGAAACUUCAGCCAGCCGUUACCGUGACUGCACAGGGAUCGCAAGGCAGGAUGACCCGAACUCUGUGUGUGCUCUGCAUUUUUCUGUUACUCUGGUGUUUCCUGCUAUGUACCAGUGAAGGAGCCGGAAAGAAGAGGAAUCGUAGCUCCCAAGGGGCAAUUCCUUCACCAGACAAAGGGCAGCCAAAUACCUCGGAGCAGGCGGGGAACCGGAGCAACGUGGAUGAAGUCUUGGAGUCGAGCCAUGAGGCACUUCACGUCACUGAGAGGAAGUACCUGAAGCGGGACUGGUGCAAAACACAGCCCCUCAAACAAACCAUCCAUGAAGAAGGCUGCAACAGCCGCACUAUCAUCAAUAGGUUCUGCUACGGCCAGUGCAAUUCUUUUUACAUACCAAGGCAUGUCCGCAAGGAAGAGGGCUCAUUCCAGUCCUGCUCCUUCUGUAAGCCUAAACGAUUCACCACCAUGACAGUCACCCUCAAUUGCCCUGACCUACAGCCUCCAAUUAAGAAGAAAAGAAUCCAGAGAGUUAAACAGUGUCGCUGUAUUUCCAUCGAUCUUAACUAAAGCAACAAGAAUACCACCAUCACAACUCGGCAACCUGCAACAUAAUAAACCACAGUCAUAACUCUGGGACAUAUGCAUUUAAAUAUGUUUGUAUCCUCAAUUACCUUUAUUUGUUCAAGGACUUGGAUUCAGAUCCAAACCCCAAGUAGAUAAUUUCCACUGUGUGGAGUGUGAAUAGUCAGAGAGAAGGAUAUGAAUAUUUAAAUAAUUAUUUCAAAGCUCUUGUUCAGAACAUUAUGGGUAUUUAAUAAUUAAUUUCAGUUUCAUUGUGUGAGAUUGUAUUCAACAUAAUUUUGCCCAUAAUACUACAAUGUUGACCAAAAGGGAGGUAAUUCUGGCAUUCAUAAAGUUUACUGAACAAUUACUUUAUAAUUAAAAUCGUCAUGCAUAACUCAUCUUGAGAAGCUUGACUUUAAAAUGUAUUUGGAUUAAUAAAAAAUCUAGUAGUUUGCUUUGUAAUUUGCUGUACAUUCUCAAAUAUGCUUCCAAUGAUUGGCAUUAGAAGUGUGAGAGGGCAGGAAAAGCAACCAUAUAAGCAAGGAACGUGUUCUUGUAUAUGUUUGUCUUUUGAUUGUUUUGACUGGCAGGAAGCAGUAGCAGUACCAAGUGCCUCUGUAACCAAUUUCCGGAUGUGCACAAAAACUUCAGACUUCAAAAUACAAGUGCAGAAUAAUUUGUAAACCACUUAAAUGUAUUAAGUAUCCAACUUGAUAUGUUACAAAAAAGCAUUAGUAAUAAACAAGCAUUUUUAAUGAGCAUAUUGCAAAAGAGCAUGUGUCUAUUAUACACCCUGAAGAGCAACAUUAUGGGAACAAUUAACACCUUUGCCACCUAGGUGAUAGAGAAUGG